UCCGUUUCCUCCUCCAUAUAAUUUGUCACCGGUAAGAAGUGAAAAGGGAGGUGUGGCAGAGCCAAAAGUUGAUUUUCUGAUAUUUUUUUGGACAAUUACUAAUUUUAAAGCUCUUAACCAAUUUUAUUUGACUGAAGCUGUGUACAGCAAGCAACGACAGUCAUGACGGACUCUAAGUACUUCACAACCACCAAAAAAGGUGAAAUAUUUGAACUGAAGGCAGAGCUGAACAGUGACAAGAAGGAGAAGAAGAAGGAAGCUGUGAAGAAAGUUAUUGCCAGUAUGACUGUAGGCAAGGAUGUCAGUGCACUGUUUGCGGAUGUGGUCAACUGCAUGCAGACGGACAACCUGGAGCUGAAGAAACUGGUGUACUUGUACUUGAUGAACUAUGCGAAGACACAGCCAGAUGUGGCCAUCAUUUCUGUCAACACAUUUGUGAGGGACUGUGAAGAUCCGAACCCUCUGAUCCGUGCUCUGGCUGUGCGUACGAUGGGCUGCAUCCGCGUGGACAAGAUCACCGAGUAUCUGUGCGAGCCCCUGCGGAAGUGCCUGAAGGAUGAGGACCCUUACGUGCGCAAGACGGCGGCUGUGUGCGUGGCCAAACUGCACGACAUCAAUGCUCAGCUUGUGGAAGACCAAGGCUUCCUCGAAGCUCUCAAAGAUUUGCUGUCAGAUUCCAACCCCAUGGUGGUGGCCAAUGCUGUGGCAGCCAUCUCUGAGAUCCUGGAGGCUUCCUCCACGGCCCAGCCCUACCUGGAGAUGAACUCUGGAACCAUCAACAAGCUGCUGACUGCCCUGAACGAGUGCACAGAAUGGGGCCAAGUGUUCAUUCUGGACUCCAUCUCCAACUACAACCCGAAGGAUGAGAAAGAAGCUCAGAGCAUUUGUGAGAGAGUGACGCCCCGCCUGGCUCACGCCAACGCUGCUGUUGUCCUGUCAGCUGUCAAGGUUGUGAUGAAGUAUAUGGAGAUGUUGAACGUCCAAGGGGACUACGUGGCCACUCUGGUCAAGAAACUGUCACCACCACUGGUCACCCUUCUGUCCGCCGAGCCUGAGAUUCAGUAUGUGGCGCUGCGCAACAUCAACCUCAUUGUGCAAAAGAGAUCUGACAUCCUGAAGACAGAGAUGAAAGUGUUCUUUGUAAAGUACAAUGACCCGAUCUACGUGAAGCUGGAGAAACUGGACAUCAUGAUCCGACUGACCAACCAGGGGAACAUCGCUCAGGUCCUGGCCGAGCUCAAAGAGUACGCCACUGAGGUAGACGUGGACUUUGUGCGCAAGUCAGUGCGCGCCAUCGGUCGCUGCGCCAUCAAGGUGGAGGAGGCCGCCGAGCGCUGCGUCAGCACGCUGCUCGACCUCAUCCAGACCAAGGUCAACUACGUGGUGCAGGAAGCCAUUGUGGUCAUCAAGGACAUUUUCCGCAAGUACCCCAACCAGUAUGAAAGCAUCAUCGCCACUCUGUGUGAGAAUCUGGACACCCUUGAUGAACCCGAGGCCAGAGCGUCCAUGAUCUGGAUCAUCGGGGAGUACGCCGAGCGUAUCGACAACGCGGACGAGCUGCUGGAGAGCUUCCUGGAGGGCUUCCAGGACGAGAACACCCAGGUCCAGUUGCAGCUGCUGACCGCCAUUGUCAAACUGUUCCUGAAGCGACCCACAGACACACAGGAGCUGGUGCAACAAGUGCUCUCUCUGGCCACGCAGGACAGUGACAAUCCAGACCUCCGCGACCGCGGCUACAUCUACUGGCGUCUGCUGUCCACUGACCCUGGGGCGGCUAAGGAGGUGGUCCUGGCAGAGAAGCCCCUCAUCUCAGAGGAGACGGACCUCAUCGAGCCCACGCUGCUGGACGAGCUCAUCUGCCACAUUGCCAGCCUGGCCUCCGUCUACCACAAGCCUCCCAACGCCUUCGUGGAGGGCAGGGGAGUCUUGAGGAAGUCACUGCCCCGCAACCAGUCCGGCGAAACACCCGGCGCAGAACCAGUCGCAGACACCUCAGCCCCCGCUGUGCCACAACCCACCGUCAUCCCCGGGGCCGACUCGCUGAUCGGCGACCUGCUGGACAUGGGCGGCCCCACAGCCUACCAGCAGCAGCAGAUCAUGAGUCAGGUACAGCCCAGCCCCGCCCCCGCAGCCGCCGUCGACCUUCUGGGAGAGGGACUCGAUAAUUUGCUUGGUGGUGGAGGUACAGGCAUGGACACACUGGGUGGUCUCAGCGACAUCUUCGGCAGUGCUGCACAAUCCUCCUCUUACGUACCCCCACAAGAGGUCUGGUUAGCAGCCUCUAAGGGCAAGGGUAUGGAAGUGACGGGCACAUAUGCUCGCAGGAACAAACAGAUCUUCAUGGAGCUCACAGUCACCAACAAAGCCAUGCAGCCCAUCAUGGGAUUCGCCAUUCAGUUCAACAAAAACAGUUUUGGCAUCCAGCCGGCCUCCCCAUUAGCUAUCCAGUCCCCCCUCCCACCCAACCAAAGCGCCAGCACCUCUUUAGCUCUCAAUACUCAAGGUCAAAUUCAGAAGAUGGAUCCCCUCUCAACACUGCAGACACUGUGUCGCAGAAGCUGCGCAACAACAACAUCUUCACCAUCGCCAAGCGUAACGUGGAGGGGCAGGACAUGCUGUACCAGUCGCUGGCCCUGACCAACGGCAUCAAAGUGUUGGCCGAGCUCAAGAUACAGCCGGGCAUGACCAGCUUCACUCUGUCCCUCAAGUCUCGCGUGCAGGACAUCUAUUCCUUUAUCCAGCAAGCUUUUGACACCAUUCUGCACAACUGAGAACUGAGCUCAUCUCUCCGUGAUGGCGAAGAGGGAGACGGGGGACUCUUUUUUUAUAAUCUCUCCCUUCCCCCACAAUCUCCAACCUCCCCUCAAUACACACUCACUCUGUGAUUCAUUCCAAUAAUGAUGUAGCAACAAUGUUCCAAGACUGUCAUGUGAUGAAACAUUUUUUUGAGGGAGGGUUGUUUUUGUAUAAUUUAUAGUCUACGUUUCAAUGAAUGUGAUGUACUUUAUUUAGCUUUCCAGACACAUGAGUCGAUUGAGCUUACGCCUUAAGACUUACAAAUUAGCUGAAUUAGUUAGUACAGUUGUGUUGAGCCAUAGAAUGGCUGAUAAAAAGAAAGAAUAAAAUGUUUUGAUACCUGUCGUUGACAUUUAAUGUGUAGUAAAUGACAGACUGACAAUGUCACUCACACACACACACAUACAAACACCAUAUUUCUCUGGUUCACUGUGGGAAAUGACUGGCUUUAAGUUUGGUUAAAUUUUUGUGUGUGACUAUCUUUGGAUAUUACGGUACUUCAAUGUUUGGACUACUAGUACUAGAAAUGUGAUAGAGAAUUAAGACUACACUCUGGCUAUAUUUACUCGGAACUUCAGUUCAUUCGUAGCUUUCUUUCUCGGUUGUAACAUUCAUGAAUGUUUGUUGUCGUAACAUUCGAGAAUGUUUGUUGUUGUUUUUGUCUGGAUAAAUGCUGAAGAAUGUUCUCACUUUUUUUGGUUUUUUGCUUACAUAUUUCUAAUGGCUCUCUGUAUGGAGUCUUUAGUCUGUAUGUGUAGGAUAUUGAUAUAUUCUGUGUACUGACUGGACGGCAAUAAAAUUAUUGUGCAAUGUU